AUGGCAGAGGGUGGCGUAGAUAUCAUCGUGGUGGGCGGAGGAACAACGGGGUUGAUUACUGCGGGUCGUCUGGCUCAAGCCAAACCUGACCUCUCGAUCCUGGUGAUCGAGGCGGGCAUCAAUUCUCGGAAUAACCCUCAGGUGGUCACCCCGGCACUAUACCUUUCAAACAUUGCGCCAACCUCGACCAUCGCGAAGAUCUACAAGUCCAAGGCAAGUGAUCACCUAGGAGGGCGAGUGGCUGUUGUCUCGACUGGCAACAUUCUUGGGGGAGGAAGCUCCAUAAACUUCAUGGUCUAUACCAGGGCCCAAGAAGUAGAUUACGAUGAUUGGAACACGGAAGGUUGGACCGGAAAGGACAUGAUACCGUUCAUUAAAAAAAUCGAGCGAUUCCAAGAUACAGACCCUGAAAUCGACAAAUCCAUCCAUGGUUACAACGGGGAGCUGAGUGUCUCCGCGGGAGGAACCUAUGUGCAGGCCCCGUUCCAGAAAGAUGUCUUCAAAGCAUGCGAGGAUAUUGGAAUCAGGAAGGUCCCAGAUGUACAGGAUUUCAAAACGGCGAAUGCAGUGGGCGUAAGUCACCCUUCUCCCUUUCGCGUGAGGGUCUUGUUUGAUGAAUCCAACAGAGCCACGGGGGUCGAAUACGUACCUACCGGGGCAGAUCCAUCAACAGAACCAAUUGUAGCGCAUGCAAAACAGUUUGUUUUAGUUGCAGCCAAUGCGCUGGACACUCCCCAGGUCUUGCAAAGGUCUGGAAUUGGAAAUAAAUUGAAACUUGAGGCGUUAGGUAUUCCAGUGGUGUCUGAUUUGAAUGGAGUUGGGAGCAACUAUCAGGAUCAUCAAACUGUCUCCUAUUCAUACUCCUCCAAGGCAACAGCAGAGGAAACACUGGAUGGCCUAUUUACAGGCCGCCUUCCCCUUGAACAAGCAUUGUUGCUAAAGACAGCCAACCCCACCCGCCAUUUGCUUGGAUGGAAUGGCCUUGACUGCUUUGGAAAGCUUCGACCCUCAGAAACAGAAGUAAAUGAGUUUGGCCCAGUAUUACAGGAAGUGUGGGAUAAAGAUUUCCGUCACAGAGAAACUCGCCCCUUGAUGCUUCUAGGCAUUCUCGCGGCGAAUUUAGCACAAAAGGGACCACCAGCUGAAGGACAAUAUUUCACUAUGGGUUCAUACACUGCAUACCCUUACUCACGGGGGUCAAUCCACAUUACGGGCAAAUCUGUCACUGAUACUCCAGAGUUUGAUGCUGGUUUUCUCAAUCACCCUGCAGACGUGAUGAAGCUAGUAUGGGGGUACAAAAAACAACGAGAAAUCGCGCGCAGGCUGCCAUAUUACAACGGGGCGAAUCCCUUUGGUAACCCGGCAUUUCCUCCAGGAUCAAAGGCAGACCCUGAGGUAGUGGACGCGGCUUCUAAGGCGAAGGGACACCCAGUGCCGAUAGAAUACUCAGAAGCUGACAAUAAUGCCAUUGAGGAGUACAUCCGCGAGAAUCUUACCACCACAUUCCAUAGCCUGGGCACAUGUGCAAUGAAACCAAGAGAGAAUGGAGGAGUGGUAGACAAAGACUUGAAUGUCUAUGGUGUUAAAAACCUAAAAGUCAUUGAUCUCUCGAUAUGCCCAAGCAAUGUAGCAGCAAACACCUACUCGACUGCACUAGCUGUUGGAGAGAAAGCUGCGAGCAUUAUCGCGAAAGAGCUAGGUAUCCCGUACAUCGUCUAA